UCCUCUGAAACCUUUAGUUUUCCGAUCCGCUCCAAACCCUAAUUCGCCGUCGAUAAUCACAGAGCAUCCAAUUGACUCUGAUAUCUGAGGCAAAGGGCUCGGAGUUUGUGCAGAUUUUGCUCGGCGUUGAAGGCGGAAAUAGAAGGCAAGGAUCGUUCUUCUCCACAUUGCGCGUUUCUCAGCGAUUGGCGGCGGCGCGGUGGUGAGCUCGUCGGAGACGGAGAGCGGGCGACGGAUGAGGAGAAUCAGAGGAUGAACGAUGCCGGUACAGCGUGGAAGGGGCCGUGGAGCAGCUAAGAAGCAGGAGGUUGUGAAUCCGAUCGACGCUGGAGAGGCCAUUGCCACCAGAACUAGGCGCAGGCGAGCGGCGGCGAAGGCGGAGGCCGGUGAUGAGAAGAAGGUAGUGGUGAAGGCGGAGAAGAAGAAGGAGGAAGUGGAAGUGGAAGAGAAGAAGAUGAAUGAUAGUGGUAGUGGCGGCGGUAGGAGUAAUGCUAAGGCUGAAGAAGAAGGCACCACUACUCCUCUACCUGAGAAGGUCACUGUUGGUGGUUCCCCUAUCUACAGAUUAGAUAGAAAGCUGGGUAAGGGUGGUUUUGGGCAAGUUUAUGUUGGUCGGCGUGUGUCUGCUGUAAAUACAAAUGAGAGAACUGGACCGGGAGCUGUUGAGGUGGCCUUAAAACUCGAGCACAAAAAUAGUAAAGGGUGCAAUUAUGGACCGCCACAGGAGUGGAAAGUUUAUGACACUCUUGGUGGCAGCCAUGGUGUGCCACGGGUACACUAUAAGGGCAAGCAAGGAGAGUAUUAUAUCAUGGUGAUGGACAUGUUGGGGCCAAGCUUGUGGGAUGUUUGGAAUAAUGGCAGUCAAACGAUGGCCAUUGAGAUGGUUGCAUGUAUUGCCAUUGAGGCAUUAUCAAUAUUGGAGAAGAUGCAUUCUCGAGGGUAUGUGCAUGGAGACGUGAAGCCUGAGAACUUUCUACUUGGUACUCCUGGGACUCCUGAUGAGAAAAAGCUAUUUUUAGUUGAUCUUGGACUAGCAACUAAAUGGCGAGAUAGUUCAACUGGUCAGCAUGUUGAUUAUGACCAAAGGCCAGAUGUUUUCAGAGGAACAGUACGUUACGCUAGUGGGCAUGCUCAUUUAGGGAGAACCAGUAGUAGGAGAGAUGAUCUUGAGUCUCUAGCUUACACCCUUGUCUUCCUUCUCCGUGGUCGACUCCCCUGGCAAGGAUACCAGGGAGAGAAUAAAGGAUUCCUUGUCUGCAAGAAGAAAAUGGCAACGUCUCCAGAGACCUUGUGUUCUUUUUGUCCACUCCCUUUUAGACAUUUUGUUGAACAUGUGGUGAACUUGAAGUUUGAUGAAGAACCUAAUUAUGCAAAAUAUAUAUCAUUAUUUGAUGGGACUGUAAGUCCAAAUCCUGAUAUCAGGCCAAUAAACACAGAGGGUGCACAGAAGCUUAUCAAUCUCGUUGGUCAUAAGAGAGGAAGAUUGACCAUGGAAGAGGAGGAGGAUGAACAACCAAAAAAGAGAAUUAGAAUGGGUAUGCCAGCGACACAAUGGAUCAGUAUCUAUAAUGCUCGGAGACCGAUGAAGCAGAGGUAUCACUAUAAUGUGGCUGAUACAAGGCUUGCUCAGCAUAUUGAGAAAGGGAAUGAGGAUGGGUUAUAUAUUAGCAGUGUUUCUUCUUCUCAGAAUUUGUGGGCCUUGAUUAUGGAUGCAGGCACUGGUUUCAGUUCCCAAGUUUAUGAACUUGCUCCGACAUGUCUUCACAAGGAAUGGAUAAUGGAGCAGUGGGAGAAAAGCUAUUACAUCAGUGCAUUAGCUGGAGCGACUAAUGGGAGUUCAUUAGUAGUAAUGUCCAAGGGUACAACAUUUACGCAGCAGUCAUACAAAGUCAGUGAUACAUUUCCUUUUAAGUGGAUUAACAAAAAGUGGAAAGAAGAUUUCUAUGUUACAUCAAUGGCCACUGCUGGAAAUAGAUGGGCGAUUGUUAUGUCUCGGGGUGCUAAUUUUUCAGACCAAGUGGUUGAACUAGAUUUCCUCUAUCCUAGCGAAGGAAUACACCGACGAUGGGAUUCUGGAUAUCGUAUAACAGCAACUGCGGCAACGUGGGACCAGGCCGCUUUUGUUCUUAGUGUGCCAAGAAAGAAGCCUCAAGAUGAAACACAGGAAACGCUACGUACUUCUGCCUUCCCAAGUGCACAUGUCAAGGAGAAGUGGGCAAAGAACCUUUAUAUUGCAUCUAUUUGUUAUGGACGAACAGUAUCUUAAAAGCUGCGACCUUUUUUUGGAAUGCUGUCCAGAUGGCUGUUCCAUAUUAUCUGCUCCUACCUGGGAUAUUUACACCCACCAUCAAGAAAAUUUUGAUGACAAAAAGCCUUAGUUUGUAAUUAAAGUAUAUAAUUGUAGGAAAACCUAUCUGCCUAUGUCAAGGUCUGGAAACCAUCCUUGUGCCAAUGAUAAAUUAAAAUCUCAUUUUCUUACAAAAA